GUGCCAGGCCAGACUGCCAGUUGAUCCGCGGCAUUCGCUACGGUUGGUCGCGCGUCACGCUUUACGCUUUCCUCUCUCAGAACAAAGUGUUCUUUUCUAGAAAUUUAUUGAGAAAAAAAACACACGAAAUCAGUCGGAAAACAUCAAUCGGAAAACUGAUGAGUCUCGUGGAAUACAUCGUUCGAAUGAAAAGACAGAUGAAUGGGAACGCGUUCCAAUAUAGGAAUGUAGCGAGUGUAUGUGUGUAAAGUGUUGUUUGCGCGCGGGCGUACUUUUCAGACGAGUUCCUCCGUCCUUUCAUCAUUUUCUUAGAAGCGCAAGAAUCGAGAGAAGACUGGAGAAAACACGAUGGUGUUCCUCGCGAUACGAACCACCGUACUCUUCUUGUUUAUUGUUGAUCUUGAUCGACGGGAUGCAGCAGUUAAUACCGUCACGUUGGCCAAGGAAGAAUGCAGGAAGAAGAUAGCUGAAUGUACGAUGAAUGGUGGUGGAAGCACGCCGGUGUGCGGAAGUGACGGAAUCACAUAUUCCAAUCAAUGUCAAGUCAUUUCUAAGCAAUGUCAAGGCGCCUCCGUCCUCAUCAAACACCCUGGACCUUGCCCAGAAACUCCGGCGUGCUUCUCAGCAAGACUGACUGCUCGAUUGGGCGUACGGCCUGUUUGCCGACGUGAUGGUACGUACGCACCGGUUCAGUGUCACGCGGAGACCGAGUAUUGUUGGUGCGUAACGCCACAAGGCCGGCCGUUGCCCGAUACAACGGUAAGAUACAAAAAACCAAGAUGUUCGAAAGCCGGUUCCAGAUCUGCUGCUUCUACUAGAAGCGGCCAGAGGCGACGCUCACCGACCAGAAAACAACGUAGACAGUACGUCAGCAAUAGGCAUCGAAAUACUUGCGAUCGUACUGAAAAGUCCAAAUUUAACGGAAACCUCAUCGAGAACUUCAAAAUUGAAUACAGGCGAACCAACAUAUCCGCUGAGGACGAUAAGAAUAUCGAACGGGUAUUGUCAUGGAAAUUCCUUAUGCUGGAUCAAAAUGCGGACGGAUACUUAGAUAAGGCAGAGUACAAGGAGCUCAGAAGACUCGCUAAGAAGGCGGUGAGACCGAAGAAGUGUGCACGCACGUUUGCCCGCACGUGCGAUCUAAAUCGGGAUUUAAAACUAUCCAAGCAGGAAUGGGGUGCUUGUCUCGUCAAUGAUUUCACUCUUUUGAAAGGUAGUCCAGCCAUUGGUAAUCCUAUUCAGUCUCUACCGUUUAAUGACGAUCAUUCAGAUACUAAGGAGGAAAGUGAUGCAAAUGAUUGUAUAUCAGACAGAAAAACAGUAUUGGAAGAUCAGAUGCAACAUUCGCGGGGAGGAAAUGUUUAUGUUCCACAAUGCAUGUCUGAUGGAAGAUAUCAUCGUGUGCAAUGUUAUUCAGGUUAUUGUUGGUGUGUGUAUCAAGAUACAGGUAAACCAAUACCAGGAACAUCCUCGAAGAAUGGCACACCGAAUUGUAAUCCAGCUCCGACUCCUAGCAGGCCUAUGAAAGGAUGUCCAGAGUUAAAGAAACAAUUAUUCCUUCGAGAUCUAAUGGAUCUCAUGCAAGAGAAAAUGGAAGCCUCCAGCAUCGAUUCUAACGAAACUACUGUUAAAUGGCAAGCUUCUAAGGAAGAAAGAAUAGCCACAUGGCAUUUUGUCAUGCUUGACAAGAAUAAAAAUAAGGUUUUAGAGAAAAAAGAAUGGAAAAGUUUUCGCACAAUGGUAGCGAGUAACAGACAACUUCGAAGAUGUGGCAAAAAAUUACCGAGAUAUUGUGACAUCAAUAAUGAUAGAAGGAUCAGCAUGACAGAAUGGCUCAGUUGUCUCAAUGCUCAGCGUCCAACAACAGCCGACGAUCCGGAAAAAACAUUAACUACACCGAAAAGAAUAGGCCCAAACCCAUUAGACCAGUUUCUCAACGAUGAUGACUAAUACAUUGUGUGAUAAAUUGUGUUCGCUGUUCUAUAAAGAGACACUCAUCUUUUUUGUUAUUAAGCUUUAAGACGGCUGCUGGAACUUUUGGAAUCACUGUAAGCCACUUUUUUAUGUAAUAUAUUUUUCUGAUAAUCUAUUAUUAGUUUUGAGAAAUUAAAUUUUAACAAUGCAUUUGCAAAUUGUUAUAUACUAUUAUUUAAAAUCUCCGAAUUUUUUUAAUUUCAAAGAGUAAUCUUUCAUCCAAUCGAUUAUACCUUUGCUUAUCCCUGUAACUUUAAAUAUUGGUAUUUUGCAAAAUACUUAAAGCAAUUUUCUCAUACUGGUAAUUACAUUACAUAUAUUUGUGUCAUCAGUAUGUGUGUACUCUUGUGUAUCACCUAGUCCAUAAAUAAUCCUAUAAAUAAUUAAGCUAUCUUGUACUGGAAACAAAUUUAAUUUAGAAAAAGAUGGCCAAUAAAAUAAUUUUUCUAGCAAUGUUUUUCAUUUGCUGAAAUUUUGUUUCAUAUCCAUUUACCCACUUCUUCAAUCACGUUUAAUUGAGCAUUUAGUAAUAUUCUUAGUUUAUGAAAAAUUGGUAAUUUAGAAAAAGUAUUUAGUAUUUUCUUUAAUGUUUAUAAAUUCACACGUUUUUUAAUGAAUGAUAUACUUCAAUGCGAUAAGGAGUUUGUGUAUAAAUAUAGAAUACGCUUGCUACAUGUAAUAAAAAUAGCAGAUAGACAGACAUUCGGAAAAAAAGUACUCGCACAAGACAUUGUUUGAAAGAAUAUAAAUCUAAUUUGUGCGUGUGUGUAUUUCCAUAUAUAUAUAUAGUACAAUAAUAUACUUUCGUUUAUAUACAUUUUUUAUGUUGUUUUUACAGAUUUUGGAUGCUUUUUCUCUCUCAGACAACAGUUGUAUAAUAUUUUUUCCUUUUUAUGGCAAACACAUAAUAAAUAUAGGUCACAUUUCAAAAUACAUGUCCAUAAUUUAUAGAUGGUGAACAUAAUUUGUGGAACGUUACAGUUGCCUCUCGAGUUUAGUCAAUUCUUUUGGCACCUCGCGUUCUCCAUGCAACUAACAGAUUCCACGAAAAGUACAAGGAAAAACAAUGAACCUGUGAGGCUAAAAGAAUAAAAGCGUACCAAAGUACGCCAUAUGGCAGACUCUGAAAAGUAAAGCAUACGAGAGGGCGAGAAAAGAUAAUAACAAACUAGUGCACCAUAUGUAUUCCCACCAUAGUGGCUGAAAAAGAAGAGAAAAUAAACUCAUUAUACAAUUAAACUAAAAUAUAUAUCUAAUAUUCAAUCUAAUCAAAAUAUACUUUAAACAAAAAGAACAAUGUACAAAAAAUAUAUAUUACAUAUACUAUUUUACACUAUUACAUUUAUGACGAGAUUAAUCCACAACAAAAGAUGAUUGUUGUUAAAUAGUUUCAUAUAUAUUAUAAUUAUAUAUUAUAAUUAUUUGAAAUAAAUUUCCAGUCAAUUAGA